GAAACGGUGACUGCGUGCAAGGUGACGACAGCCCUCAUUGGACGGCCUUAUUCCACAUCUGCGCAUCAUUUCAGCGAGUUUCAGCGCAUUUUUUCUAGUAGUGUGAUUCAUAUUUUCAAAAAAAAAAAAAAUGGUUGUGCCUUUUUUGAAGUCGAUUUGGGAAUUGAAAAAUGGACUCGUUCUCUUCUUCACUCCGUUUCUUCUACUUCCCUUACCUCUGGUUAUUGGAACAACGGAAGCCAGCUGUGCAUAUGUCAUCGGGCUCAUGGCAGUGUACUGGUGUACCGAGGCGCUACCUUUGGCUGUCACUGCUCUCUUGCCUGCUGUGCUUUUCCCUCUGUUUAGGGUCAUGACAUCCAAAGAUGUGUGUAUGCAGUAUCUGAAGGACACAAAUAUGUUGUUUUUGGGUGGUCUUAUGGUAGCUGUGGCUGUGGAGCACUGGAACCUCCACAAGCGCAUUGCUCUGCGGGUGCUGCUCAUCGUUGGUGUCCGCCCAGCUCUGCUGAUGCUAGGUUUCAUGGGUGUGACGGCCUUCCUGUCCAUGUGGAUCAGUAACACCGCCACCACAGCCAUGAUGGUGCCCAUUGUGCAAGCAGUGCUGGUGCAGCUCAGCAACACAGCGCGAGAGGAGGAGGUCCAAACUGUUACCCAUAUAAACUGUGAGGAGAAAGGGCCUGAGAAGGAGGCCAACAGCACGGUAGGUAAUGGCCUCAGCUUCCCCCUGGAGAUGGACUCUACAGAAAAGCAUCGGGAAGACGAGGAGAGGCUAAGGAUGUGUAAGGGUAUGACACUGUGCGUGUGCUACGCUGCUAGUAUUGGCGGCACAGCCACCCUCACUGGUACAGGGCCCAACCUCGUACUCACAGGCCAAAUGAGUCAGCUCUUCCCGGAGAACCCAGACGUCAUAAAUUUUGCUUCUUGGUUUGGGUUUGCCUUCCCCAACAUGAUCAUCAUGCUCAUAGCAGCUUGGAUCUGGUUGCAGUUGAUUUUCCUGGGAAUCAACUUCAGAAAAACAUGGGGUUGUGGCACAGUAAAGACAGAGAAAGAGAUUGCUGCUUAUAAUGUGAUCCGUGAGGAGCAUCGGCGCCUCGGCCCUAUGUCCUAUGGGGAGAUGAAUGUGCUAAUGCUCUUCAUAUUGCUGGUGGUGCUGUGGUUCACACGAGACCCAGGGUUUGUGGAUGGCUGGGCAACACACUUCUUCAAUGCUGAGAAAGAGUAUGUGACAGAUGCUACUGUGGCAGUGUUUGUAGCAGCUUUGCUCUUUGUUCUUCCAUCUAAACCCCCCUGCCUGUGCUCAUGGAGGUCACAGAGCUCCGAUGUAGUUCCACAGUCAGAAACUGAACCCAGAUCAUCUUUGCUGACGUGGCAGGUGGUUCAAAAGAAGAUGCCAUGGAGCAUUGUACUGCUGCUCGGGGGAGGCUUCGCUCUGGCUAAGGGCAGUGAGGACUCAGGUUUAUCUGCAUGGCUUGGCUAUCAGAUGUCUCCUCUGGAAAGAAUCCCUCCAUGGGCUAUUGCCAUUAUCGUGUGCCUAAUGGUAGCCACCUUUACGGAGUGCACCAGCAAUGUGGCGACAGCCACCCUGUUUCUGCCUAUACUUGCAUCAAUGUCUCAGUCCAUAGGUGUGAACCCGCUCUAUGUGAUGAUUCCCUGUACCCUAAGUGCUUCCUUUGCCUUCAUGCUUCCUGUGGCAACCCCUCCAAAUGCCAUAAUUUUCUCUUACGGCUAUGUGAAAGUGUCAGACAUGGCCAAGACUGGCUUUGUCAUGAAUAUCAUCAGUAUCUUGUGCAUCACCUUGGCAAUCAACAGCUGGGGAAGAGUUAUGUUCAGCUUAGACUCCUUCCCCAGUUGGGCUAACUCCACUGGAGUCUGAGUAAAUGGACUCCAGCCUGCCAGCAGAACCAAUCACAUACAUCAACACCAGUCUUCUCGCUUUAAGCUAAGAAGCUGAGCCUAACACUUACAUCAUUCCAAUGGUGGGUUUUGUCUAGAGGUGCCAGCAUUACCUAAGCAGCUGUACACUGUGACAGUGUGUUACGUGCAGUUUAUCAGUAUCACUGCAACAUGCAAAGUAGGGUGCAGUAGCUACCAUAUGAUAUGGUAGUGACAGUAGUAAUUUUAGGUUUCAUUUGUGUGAAGGAUAUUGUUAUAUUCAUGGGAGCCUAUAAAGGCUAGAAUCAUAUUUGUAUAAGAUUUAAAAGGUUUUUUCUAUUUGUCUGUACACAAGGAUUUCAAAAUUGCUGUGAAGUACACAAGGUAACAAUUUACCCAGAAACAUUUUGUAUUUCACUGCAAUUUUGAGUACAUAUAUAAUUUUUU